AUGCAUUUAUACAAAGAAGUGAAGCAUGCGUUCAUUAACACGUUGAUUCGUGGUGAUGUGAGCUCGUUGACGUGGUUUGAAUCCCCAAAUCAAUUUUUCGAAGAUACGCAUCAAAAUGAUGGUACAUCACUGGAACUGUGUCACGUCUACUACUCGGCCAUCAAUUUCCGCGAUGUUAUGCUUGCGUAUGGUCGACUUCCACCUGAUGCGAUUCCAGGACAGGUAUUUUUUUCUUCAUUUACUUGCUUGACCAAGACUGUCUGUCUGCAUUUUUAG